ACCAGUUAGUUACCUGCAUGGCCAUGAAAGCAGCUUACCUGAUCAUUUACGUGCAUAUUAUAAUUAGUUUCAUGUUGAUUCAACAAGGAUAUGUUCGUGAAGGGAAAGGCAAUGUCGUCUUGGCAACAAGACUACUAAUGCUUGAUCAUCAAGACUUAUCAGCUGAUGAUGUCCCUAGUCUUGAUGCACCACCUUCAGCUUCUUCGCUGGAUGAUCAUAAUCAUCAUUAUUUGAUGUCUUCCAAAGUACACAAGGGUUUUAAAAACAAGAAACUAUGGCCAGCUCCACCUACUCCAGCGACUAAUGCCACCCAGCAUUAUUAAUUUUCGGCCGGCCGGGAUAUAUCUUUUCGCGAUUGACUGCAAUGCCACCGUUCCUCCGCCCUGUCUGUGAUUUGCAUCUACAG